CCGAGCAAGGAUUUGCUUCCUCACCAGCUCUUCCCUCGCAUCACAAACUUGUCGCAGGGUAUCUGCCAGCGAUCAAUACAGCUGCCAUGGCGGACGAAAGACGAGCAUCCGCGUACAGCGAGAAGAAGGCCGAUGUUGAGGCCGCAGGUGGACCUCUACAUUUCUCGCAAGGCGACGAGCUCAACGCGACCGAAUCAUACAAGCAAACCGUCCUCGAUGCGAAGAAGGCUUCCGAUGAGGAACAAAAGAUGACCCUCCUGCAGGGUGUCAGACUGUAUCCCAAGGCCAUUGCAUGGAGUGUCCUCAUUUCAACCUGCAUUGCCAUGGAAGGCUAUCAACUUGCGCUGGUGAACAACUUUUACGGCUUCGCGCCUUUCAACCGCAAGUACGGAGAACCAACCGGCAACCCAGAGACGCCUUAUCAGGUCUCGGCACCGUGGCAAGCUGGUCUGUCGAACGGCGCUCUUGUUGGUCAAUUCUUCGGUCUCCUCAUCAACGGAUGGGCAUCGGAGAAAUUCGGCUAUCGCAAGGUCGUGAUCACAUGUCUUGGUCUUAUCAUUGCCUUCAUCACGAUCUUCUUCACGGCGCCAAAUAUCGAGACUUUGCUUGUCGGAGAAAUUCUCUGUGGAUUGCCAUGGGGUGUCUUCCAGACACUUACAAUCACUUAUGCAUCCGAAGUAUGCCCAAUCGCCCUGCGUGGCUACUUGACGACAUAUGUGAACUGCUGCUGGGGGCUGGGACAACUCAUUGCCAUCGGAGUCAUUCGAUCCAUGUUCACUCGUACCGAUGAGUGGGCGUACCGCAUUCCGUACGCACUUCAAUGGAUGUGGCCCGUUCCACUGAUCAUUGGCGUGUUCUUUGCGCCAGAGUCUCCAUGGUGGCUUGUCAGGAAAGGACGUCUGGAAGACGCGAAGAAAUCGCUCCUUCGUUUGACUUCGACGAAUCGCGAGACCAACUUCAAUGCCGAUGAGACUAUUGCCAUGAUGGCUCAUACCACCGAACUUGAGACGCACACUACCCAUGGAGCCUCUUAUCUGGACUGCUUCAGAGGCACCGACCUUCGCCGAACUGAGAUUGUCUGCAUGUGCUGGGCCAUCCAAAACCUUGCUGGAAACUCUUUCUCCAACUACUCGACCUACUUCCUCCAGCAAGCCGGUGUGAGCUCAGAGAACUCCUACGACUUCGCCAUGGGACAGUACGCGAUUAACAUGGUCGGUGUCUUCGGAGCUUGGGGACUGAUGUCCCUCGGCAUUGGUCGACGAACUCUCUACCUUGCCGGUCUCUGUAUCCUCACUGUGCUCCUCUUGAUCAUUGGUUUCAUGGGUCUCGUCGGCGAUCGUGAGACUGCAGGUCUUGCCACUGGAUCGAUCAUGCUGGUCUGGGCUCUCACAUAUCAGCUCACUGUCGGAACAGUUUGCUACUCCCUCGUCUCGGAGAUCUCGUCCCGUCGUCUGCAAAUCAAGACUGUCGUGCUGGGCCGCAACCUCUACAUCAUUGCCGCCAUCAUCUGCUCUACUGUCACACCCUACAUGAUCAACCCGACCGCAUGGGACUGGGGCAGCUACGCUGGAUUCUUCUGGGCAGGUCUGGCUUUCCUCUGCUGCAUCUACACAUACUUCCGUGUUCCAGAGCCAAAGGGCAGGACAUUCGCUGAAAUGGAUCUGUUGUUCGAGCGCAAGGUCUCAGCGCGGAAGUUUGCUUCGACUGAAGUGGAUGUCUUCGGUGAGACGCUGGAUGGCAGCGUUGUGUCACAGUAUAAGGAUGGACUUGCUGCCGAGCAUUCGGAAAUGGCCAAGUCGGGUUGACUCGCCGGACUUUGGAAGAAAGUUUUUGGUCGUACAGUUGACUGAUUGCAGAGUACUAUGAUAGCAAUUCAUCGAUACCCUUGCGUGCAGCCUUUCCUCACAUCAAGAAUCGG